CAGCCUGCGCCGAGCAUCGCCUGCUCUGUCAGCGCGUGUGGAUGGCAGAACUCGAAGGAAAAGAGAGGUGAUCCUCACAGACACACCGUCCUCCUCAUCAUCGCUGCUCUCUCUCCGCUUCUGCUGUUCUCUUCUAGCUUUUGGAUCAGAUCUGAUGGCACGGAGCGCGUGCGCGUGAUCCAGGGAGGACGAGGCCACUAAGCAUCUGCAGUGAGAGAAAGAGAGAGCGAGACAGAGAGACAGACAGACAGAGAGAGAGAGAGAGAGAGACUUGGUCGUGUUUAUCUACCUCCCCACCGUCUGUGAAUGGGCUGCGCUCAGUCCGCCCCUGCAGUCGCUGCUUAGAGAGUCCUCUGUGGAAGAAGAUGGCGGACAGAGCGGAGAUGUUUUCUCUCUCCACCUUCCACUCCCUCUCUCCUCCGGGCUGCAGGCCAGCUCAUGACAUCAGUCUGGAGGAGUUUGACGAUGAAGACCUGUCUGAGAUCACAGAUGACUGUGGAAUUGGUCUCAACUAUGACUCUGAUCCUUAUGAAAAGGACUCCCUCAUUCUGGAGAAGAAUGAUUUCCACCACCCAGUGUGUUCAUUCCAAGACGACUUUCAGGAGUUUGAGAUGAUUGAUGAUGAAGAUGAGGAUGACGAUGAUGAGGAGGAAGGAGAGGCAGAUCCUGAUGCUCCGCCCUCUCCCUCUGCAUCUCCUCCUCCCUCCCCUACUUUAGGUUCCCUUAAAAGCCGUCCCACAACUCUCAACCUGACCACCACAGUUUCACAGGACUCCUUGAACAACAACAGUAGCGUCUCUCCACGAAAGUCAAGCUGGCAGGAUUCGCUUCGCAAUCCCACUUCACAGGGUCGUUUAUCUCCAGCCCAUACUUGCCUUGAAGAUGGUACCCAUGUAACUGGUACAUGCCCAGGGGCUCCUGGCACCGCAGUCUCUGCCAAAGGUACUCCCUCAAACCCACCUGGGCACUGUGGUCUCAAUCAGUCACCUGGCAGGCCACUGCUGUACGACUUUGAGGGCAACAGACGCGAGCGUCCCGAAUACGGUUCCUUUGGUCAGCAUAAUUCCUCUGCUGGCCCUGAGGCCACUGAUGUAAAGCCCACUGUUGAAGGAACUCUUGAGGACCAUGUACCCUCAGGCGAAGACUGCAUUUCCCAGUGCUCAGACACUGAGGUUGACCAUGACCUCAACGGCCAUGCUAAACACCGACUGUGCCGCCCCAGACCUAAUGACACAUACACAAUCACUACAGAAACAGCUGAUGACCCAGAGCUGGAGAACGACCUUACUCUGGAUGGCACCAGUAAGUGCCUGUCCUCUACGGCACCACUUGGCAAUGAUGCUGAGACCCCACUGUCAGACGAGGAGCUGGAUAAAGAGUUUGAGAUUGACUUCAUGAACAAGGAGACCUAUGAUCUGCCCUGUAAGGAACCAGAGGGCUUAUCCUAUGUGGAGUUUCCCAGCAUUGAACCUGCAGACCUGGCCUCAGUCUCCAGCCAUGGGUCAUCUAGUCGAUCAGAGGUUAAUACAGCAGAUGCCGUGCCUCGGGAUCAGCCUUCUGCUGCUGCUAUGGCAAAUGACACAACAUCUCCUUCUUCUGACCCUGGCAUCGCAGACAUGAAUGCUAAGCGCUAUGCAGAGUCAGACCGGCACAGUGAUGACCUCAGCUCCCCUGGAUCUGACUCUGAUAUUGAAGGUGAACUGGAGGCAGCGUUUGCCUGUGGUGGUCCACUGGUCAGUAAUAUGAUUUCGUCUAUCUCAGAGACUGAACUGGACUUGACCAGUGAGUCUAGCAGUGGAAGAUCCUCACAUCUGACCAACUCCAUUGAGGAAGCCAGCUCACCAACCUCUGACCCAGAGCUAGACCAAGAGCUUGAUGUUGAGCAGGACAGUGGCAUUGUGGGUCUGAAGGCAUCUCUUCUUCUAGGCCAGCCUGAGCCCAUUAAACAGGACCAUUCACCAAUAACGGAGCACGGCCCAGAUGUCCAUCCUCUGGAUGAUGGACAGGCAUUGAUGGGGCUGCAAAGUGUGGAUGAUGAGCAGGGUUAUGAGCACCAAGCAGAUCCUGAUGAGACUCUGCCUCCUGCUGUGCCCUGCGAGGAUAGUGCCUCCCAGCAACUGCUAUUGAAGAUUGAACCAGACCACAGCCUGGAGAGCUUCAAACGAUCUUUCUACCUGCCUGUUGGACCCAGGCUCAUGCCCUCGGUGGACGACUAUGAUGGGAACAGUGAGGGAGACUCUGAGUCAGAGUCAGAGGAUGAGCUCAGUGAGAACUCUGAUUCGCCAUGGUUACUCAGCAACCUGGUCAACAAGAUGAUCUCAGAGGGAUCCUACCCAAUCAGCUGCCCAGAGGAGUGUCUCAAGCGUUCUGCUUCUAUCUCCGACACCAUCUCACCUUCAUCAGACCUGGAGACAGAUACCUUUAACGAGAGCGAAGGCCGUAAGAUGCAAACGCAGAAAGCUGAGGAAGGCUGCCUGGAACAGCUACCCAAAUGCUCGGUGCAGAUGCAAGGAGAGGAAGAAGACAGGAAAUCCAGCGGUGGAUCAGAAGAAGAGGAAGAAGACAGCAAGAGACUCAGCUCCUGUCUGUACAUGAGCAACCCUACAAAUGACACCAUCACUCCUGUCAUCUUAGAGCGGUACCAGCCCAAGACCACAAAUGAGGAAGACUUUACAUGCCAGAGGUCGCUGAAAAAUCAACGGAAUCAAGAAGAAGAGGAGCCAAAUAAUGACUUGACAAUGGAGAGGAUGAAGGAUCUGGACUCCCCCAGCCUAAGUGAAAGCAUCGUCAGUGACAAGGAUGAAGGACGGGAGACAAGGGUGGACCCUCUAUCUCUGGACAAAAUCACAGAAGUUAAAAACAGUCUGACACUCGACAUUCCCACAGCACAGACCAAUCGUUGCUUCAGCCUUACCUACUCCACAGACAAUGAUGAAGAUGAUCAGGAUGCCUCACCUUUCCUGGAUGGGCUUCACAAGCCACACUCACCCUAUGGAAAUGACACCUACCUGGACAGUUCCCCACCUAUCGACGAGAGCGUUCGGGACCUGAGGAGCAGCUUUGACUCAGUGGGGAGUAAACCAGUAGAUGACUCCUUGGCGUAUGACUCAAUGAAGUACACUCUAGUGGUGGAUGAGAAUACUACACUGGAACUGGUGAGUCUGAAGCGCUGCACCUCAGUGCUUAGUGAGGACAGCGAUGGACUCUCCACAGUCUGUGACGAAGAGGUAGCCGAUGAGGAAGAAGAUGGAUAUGAGCAGAGCCAGACGGUGGGAGGAGUGCGGCCUGAUCUGUUAUUAAGCUCCUCCUCUGAAGAAGACUCCUCACCUGAGGCAGACCUACCAUUCUCCAAGAAGUUCCUCAAUGUGUUUGUCAACAGCACAUCACGGUCUUCCAGCACAGAGUCAUUUGGUUUGUUCUCUUGCACUAUAAAUGGAGAAGAGAGAGACCAGACUCACAGAGCGGUCUUCAGGUUUAUCCCGAGACACACAGAUGAACUGGAACUGGAUGUGGAUGACCCACUUUUUGUUGAGGAAGAGGAGGAUGACUACUGGUACCGUGGCUACAACAUGCGCACAGGGGCUAGAGGCAUCUUCCCUGCCUACUAUGCUCACGAAGUCAUCGGGCAAACCAAAGACCUGAUGGCGAUGAAGAGAAACCCAGCCUGGAUGGAGAGUUUCACUGUGCAGUUCCUGGGCUCGGUGGAGGUGCCUUAUCACCAAGGCAACGGCAUCCUAUGUGCUGCCAUGCAGAAGAUUGCAAUGGCAAGGAAGAGGACAGUGCACCUUCGCCCCCCAUCCCUGUGUGAACUGGAGAUUAGUUUACAAGGAGUCAAACUGGUCAUGAGUCUGGAUGAUGAGUAUGACCUGUCGGAGGAGUUCGACAGAUGUAGUCACUUUUUCCAGAUGAAGAACAUCUCCUUCUGUGGAUGUCACCCCAAAAACAACUGUUACUUUGGCUUCAUCACUAAGCACCCAAUGCUGAACAGAUUUGCUUGUCACGUGUUCGUCUCUCAGGAGUCUAUGAGGCGUGUAGCUGAAUGUGUGGGACGGGCAUUUCAGGAGUAUUAUCAGGAGCAUCUGGAGUACGCCUGUCCCACUGAGGAUAUCUACUUGGAGUAGAGGAGGAGAGAGGUUACCAAGGCAACCACUGUCCUUAACGACAGACGUCUGUUUCCGGGUUUGGCCACUUGGGGGCGACUGGUGGCCUUUACUGGAUGUAACAUAGGCCUCGACUUUUCUGUGUCUCUCUCUCUCUCUUUCUCUCUUUGCCUCUACAUGAACUGAGCAGAACACAUAGGCUCGAUCUUAGUGAUGCGUCCAUUUAUUUACCUAUCUGUUUGUUUACUCUUUUAUUUAUUCUCAUCCUUGAAUUGGAUUGCCUGUUUGUUUAACUUUUGUAUGAUGUAGUUCCUAGGGACAUGGCUUGGUUGAGAUAUUACCAAUGCAUUUUUUUUUCUUUUCUUUUUUUUUCCUCCUGGUUCAAAAAUGACAAAAAUAUGACUUCACAUGUUUUAAUGCAUGGCUUUGAGGGUUAUGCUCACAGACACAUAUAUACACAUAUACACUCACACACACAGGAAAAACUGAAAACGAUGAUGAAUUUGAAAUUCAUUUUGGAAGGAUGGGUUUCGUUUGUAAAUAUGUAUUAGUUUGAUUCCGAAAUAAUGCCGAUUUGUACUGAAAUGGACAACUGGACAGGCGUCGGUACUGAACAGGGAUUAGUAAUGUAAUGUCUGCUCGCUGUAGUAGAAGGUUUAAUGUGCAUUCUUAUUCUACCAUCAUGUAAAUACUGUAUAUUUAGAAACAGUAGGUGACUACUACAGAUGCUUCGUUACAUUAUUGUAUGUAAGUAGCACCCUCCAUCAGCAAACGGAAGAGUGGAGAGGAUUGCAGGUGACCAGGAAGGCCUGUGUGUUAGCCUGAGAAUGGAGAGCCGGGUAGCGUUGGCCAUGCACGGUCCUGUAGAUACUAAACUGUACUAAAUCACUCAAACUUGGCUAUAGCUUAGCAGGCCAUCCCCUGACCAUUCUUGUAUAGGCUAAUUCUCAGGCUGUGCUUCAGUGCUUUACGCUGCUGAGUCUCUUAGGCCCUGCCCUCCAUGCAUUGAAGGCUAACAGGUAGAUGUGUAAGCAGCCAGUGGGGUGCAGCACGCAUUCGACAAAUUACUUAGCAAAUGGCAAAAGCCUAGUUGCAAUCUACUAUCAGUCUAUUAAAGGCUUAGUUAAAGUCUACUAUCUGUUUAAAUUAAGUCCUUGCAUCUUUGGACAUGAAAUGAAGUCACUUCAGAAUGUUAAAAGGAAUAUUUUACAGCCUAUAUUAGUUAUUCUAGUCAUGGUCCACUCAUAGUCAGUGUACUUAGCAGAGUAAUAUUAGGCCUCAGCAGCUGGCAUGCACCAGAAAGAAUAAAGUAAAAAUGCUCUGUUAAACAAUACCAGUGCCAUGCAUGAAGGGAAAGGAUGAAGAAUUCCAUUUCAGGCAAUUUCAGUCCUAACCUGCUUGCACUGUUCGGUUUAAAAUAGAGUAAAGCUUAAUACAUAGAGAUAUUCUACCAAGAAUUUUGCAGUGCAAAUUGAGCUACUCUGUAUGUGUCUUAACAAAACACAGUACAAUGGCAGUGCAGUACUCCAUCUUUUUUUGCACCCUGUCAGUCUUAUCUGGCAGACAGAGUAAAUGUGUUUUUCUGCUCCUUGGCAUUAUCUCUAGUCCUUGCCCUAACCUUGACUCCAAUAUCACUAAGCUGUACACAACAGAGUAAUUUCUUACAGAGCAGGGGGCCCUCUGCUGGCCUGAUACUGUUAAUGUCCCACAUCAUUUGAUGAUCUAACAACAGCAGUACUGCAGAACCCAUUUACUGAUAUCAUAGAUGAACAUUAACUACAACAAUGAAAUUCCAUUUCUUGCAUGGACAGAUGGAAAGUGAAAAGUCUCAGUGGUCAUGAAUGAUGGUACAUGGACAAAUAGGCCAAAUUGCUUCUCAGUGUGCUGAUGCUUUCCUACUUUCCCGCUUACUAUUUAACAGAAGAUUUUCCUACAGCAGGCUGGCUUCAUUAUCCCAGUGUCAGUAGAUAAUAAUAACUAUGUAUCUUUUAGGCAGGACUUCAACACAGCUGUGGAUGAAAACAUUGAGGCCGCUCACGUCCUGCUCACCCUAGUCACAUGACUGCCCCUGCAAUCCGAUUCCAUCGUUACGUGUUCAUUUGUGCUGAUGAUACAUGUAAAGGGAGGGCUGCAGUUUUAAGACUUUCAAUGUGAUUUGCUCUCAGCUAGGUUGCUGUAAAUACUCUAGAGUUGAGAUGACCAUGCUGUGUCCUUUCUGUUGAGUAUGUUACUGAAAUAAAUAUGUAAAUUUAAAGAAAAUAAUAAUGGUGACAAUGAUAACCUAUCACAACCAAAAGGCAAACGCAAUGGGAGUUAAAAAAAGAAAAUUGUAAAUUGGUUUAAAUUAGCAUUUGUAUAUCUUCUUUAAACUGCUUCACAUGGCUGUACAUCUGUGGUUGGAUGUGUCGUCACAGUGUGCUGAGUAACAUGUAAGUGCUAAGACACAUGCCUGUGAAUCAGCUGUGUGCAGUGUCAUUCAUACACACGUCCACCCCUCACACAAUCAUUUAUGCUACCUGUCCAACCCUUGGCAUUAUCGGUACAAUCAGCUCAGUCCGAUCGAUCGCUGAGGUGAGCAUAGGCUGUUCAGAUUCUUCAGGACACUCAUCAGGAUCCCAGAUUCAAACUUGCGACUGUUUUCCAUUAAGACAUUACUUCAUAAAUGUUUGUCCAGAGAUUAAAUGAAUUUCUCA